GGUGAACCGAAGUGAUCCGGGGUUGAAGGGUCUUGGGGGCAGCAUCACUUUCGAAAGUUUGUCUCGGUUAUUUCCUGGCGUCUCCAAACCACCAACUGGCCUGGUUUGUUUACAUUUUGUGGCCCGGGCGUGUUUGCAUUUUAUCAGUCGUUUAACGAGGCAGCGCGACAAGACCCCAGCUUGUUUGGCUGGUGUUGAGACACUCGGUCCAGUAAAUAGAAUGUUACCGAGCCGGGUUGGAUCGGCACCAUCUGGAAACGGCUCAGCUUCAGGCAGAGGUACCACAGGACACGGUUCGGGGGUUGUCGGCGGUGGGAUCCGUCCCGUUUUGAUCAGAGCAGGGCAAGCUUUACCGGGGGUCAGCGACAGCGCCGGCGCUGCCGGGCGACAGGGGGAAAGAGACGCCGUCGGGAUGCUGGGCGCUAAUGGUCCAGGCGGUCCGAGAGGUGCGAGACCGGGGAACGGGACUGGCGUGAAUCCUCUGCAGACCGCCGUCCAGGGCAACAUGGUGGGGUUAAACACCGGCGUCGUGUUGCCUCAUGGGGCCAGGUUCGACCCGGACAGGGAGAGCGCGCCUCUGUGCAGCGGCUCGGAUAAUGACUCGGACUCCGCGGAUGAUGAUGACCCGGUGGGUUCACUCGGGGACAGCAGGAGAGGGGUGAAGCGGGAGAGGGAGAUGGAAGCGGCGGUGACGGGGCAGGAGGUGGGAGUACCUUCCGGAGGCUACGGCAUGGUGCCCGGAGGGGUCGCCGGGGCAAAGCCGGGGAAGAAGACACGUGGGCGCGUAAAGAUAAAGAUGGAAUUUAUUGACAACAAGUUGAGGCGGUACACCACCUUCAGCAAGAGGAAGACGGGUAUUAUGAAAAAGGCCUACGAACUCUCCACCCUGACGGGAACCCAGGUUCUGCUGCUUGUGGCCAGUGAAACGGGCCACGUCUACACUUUCGCCACCCGCAAACUCCAACCCAUGAUCACGAGCGAGACGGGCAAAGCCCUGAUCCAAACAUGCCUCAACUCGCCGGACUCGCCACCCCGCUCGGACCCCUCCAUGGACCAGCGCAUGAGUGCCACGGGCUUUGAGGAGACGGACCUCACCUACCAGGUGUCUGAGUCGGAGAGCAUGGGCGACACAAAGGAUACACUGAAGCCAACGUUCACGGUAGCCAGCCUACCAGGCACUACCAGCAGCGCCCAGUCCACAGUACCCACCACCUCCACCACCAUGCAGGUGAGCAGCGGACCUUCGUUUCCCAUCACCAACUACCUGGCGCCCGUCUCGGCCGGCAGCAACGUCAGCGCCAACGGUACCGUCCUCAAGACCGCUGGCGCCUCCACGGGGGUCAUGCAGCUGCCCGGCGGCUUCACUUUCAUGCCCGCAGGCACUCCUCUCCCCCCUGGCACCCCCACCAUUCCUCUGAGCCAGCUGCAGCAGCACUCCCUGGCCCUCCAGGGGCAGCAUGGUCAGGCCCUGGCCGCCGCCCCGCAGCCACAGCAGGGACAGCAGGCUGUCUUCCGCUUCCCUGCUGCUGUCUCCCUCACAGGAGCGGGGGUUCCCCAGCAGCUCCAGGCUAUCCAGGUCCACCAAAACACCCAGUCCACCUCCAACGACAGCAGCCCAGAGAUCUCCCACACCUCCACAAACUCCACCGCAACGAUGAGUCUCCCAGCAACCAUCGUCACCUCGUCAGUGCCAACAUCUGUGGCGGGUCACAUGAUGUACCCCAGCCCCCACACGGUGAUGUACGCCUCCACGCCGACGCUCGCUGACGGCGGGCUGGCCGUGCUCAACGCCUUCUCCCAGGGCACAUCGGCCAUGCAGGUGUCCCACGCACAGGCCCAAGACACAGGUGCUGUCCCUCAGGUGUUCCUCACAGCACCUCCAGGCACGGUACAGAUCCCCGUCUCAGCGGUGCAGCUACACCCAAUGGUGAUUGGCCAGCAGUCGAGCGGCAGCAGCAGUAACCUGACGGAGCUCCAGGUGGUCAACCUGGACGCAGCACAGAACUCGAAGAGUGACUGACAGACGGCUGGAGCUGUUGAACGUGGCAGACCCAGGGACACAGACAGACUGACAUACUGACCGACAUCUCUAUUUAUUGAUGCCUUCCUACAGAGUUUCACAUUACACUUCUGAAUGUGACUUUAAAGUACAUAUAUUCACACAAUCAAGGGCAUACAGUAUGUGUGGUUGACCCUUAUACAGUAUACAGUAUGUUUUGGUAUAUAAAUAUAUAUAUAUUCGCAAAUGCAUAGGAAUAUAUCACUACAUCCAUCAUCGGAAGCUAUUUUCUAUGCCGUUAGAUGGUGUUAUUUUUUUGUGUGUGCGCGUGUGUUUUUUGACAACGUGUAAUUACGUGUACACACACACACACACACAUACACACACACUGCAAGGUACCACAGCUUCACACCAGCCAAAGAGACAUUUGUUUGUCUGAAUGUUCCAGUGUGAGCAACUUGUGCACAAGUGUGUGUGCGUGUGUGUGUCUGUGUGUGUGCGCGCAUAUCUGGGGUUUGUAAAUGGGCGGGGAGACGCUUAUUGACUUAAAAAAAAAAAGGAGACAUUUGGAAAUGUACAUAGCUUUUUUUUUUUUUUUUAAAUUGAUAACUUGUAUUUUUAGCCUGGUUUAGUUUGUGCAACGGCAUGUAGUUGUUUUUUACGUAGUGGUUUUGUAUGUACAUGAAAAUGAUUUGCAUAAAGAAAAUGAAUUAUUUACAUGUACUGUAUGUGUAAAUUAAUUUAAUAUACCAUCAUAUGUUGAUAUACUGUCAUGCUGUUGGGAGUUUUCACUACACGAUGGAGAAAGAACGCUGGAUGUUUGUUUGUUUUUUUUUUUUACAUUUUCUGAUUGUGACAUUUGAAAUCUGUCUUUUGAAGACUGUCCUUCAAACAGGAUCAAGUAGCUGGGUCACAAAACGUAAAACAUAAGAUAUUUAUGAUUUACUGAUGUCAACAUAUUCUUUACUUUAGCUGGGAAGACUUCAGUGCAACAGCUGAUGUAAUGAUCACGGAUCAGUUUUGCAUGUGAGGUUUCCUGAUGACGUCCUGAACUGGCACUUUCAUGAGUGUAGAAGUCGUUAAAACUAUGACAAUCCAAUGGAAAUAAUCUUCAACAUUUUAGCAUAAUGUUGUCUGUAUUUUUCAUGUGUUCACACACAGUAAUGAAUUCAGUUCUGACAUUAAAAAAAAGCGUGACAGUUAAUAUCCUUCAUGUGAUAUUUAAAUUAUUCACUUAUUUUUAAAUGCCACAGUAGUUGACAAACCGUGCCAGUGCCAAACAGGUUUCAUGACAUCAGUUUAAUGAACUUUAUGUUGUCUGAUCUGUUUAAAUUGUAAACCUGUUGCUCUGAGUUGCCUCCACUCGACUGCAGAACUUUGUGAUGCUACUACUGACUUGAGUCAGGGCAUUGAGACAAAUCUCCUGUUUAACACGACACUGUACAGACUUGGCAAUUCCACUUCAAUACUGCAAUCAAAGCUUUAGUGUGUCCUUGUAUGGAAGCACUGGAUGUUAUUCAGCGCAGCCUCAACGCUGUAGUUUUUUGAAUAUUUUUGUAAGAACAUGGAUUGCAUAAUUUGGAAAAGUGAUUUCAGGUGCUUUAAAAUAUUGGUAUACUCCUUUAAUGAGAACUGUAAGACCCUAGCUGACUGCAAUCUCAGUAUGUACCUCAGCAAUCAUUACGAAUGGGAGAGUUAUUCAACUGAGAGCCUUCUUUCUGCACCAUAGUGCCUCUUUUCCAUGGCUGAUCUCUAAAACACUGCAAGGCAAGGGAAGUGUAGGAUUUACUUCUUUCCAGACCACUUCACGUGACUCUGGACCUUGUCAUUACAAUCCUCUGCUCCGGCCAGGGAGUGAGAUUUUUUGACUCGUUUCUACAGAAUUAGCUGGAUGACUGAGCGUGGCUGGCUGGAAGCCAAAGAGCAUUUGACAGAGGAUAAAGUACCCAUGCUGACUGCUGUUCAGUUAUUCACUGGUGAGACAGGUCAUUUUCACGCUCUGGUCUGUUCCUGUACAUGAUGUCAUCUGCAGGGCUGUUUGCAUAGGAAAAUUGCAGGUUAAAGACACUCAAUUCCCCCAUAUGACCUGGUGGUUUUUCAAAGAUGGUAUUUUAAAAGGGGAUUACUGAAUAGAAUUUGUGGUUUUCACCUUGUCCUUGAAAGAAAUGGUUAUUUUGUGUAUUUUUCUUUUGUUGUACAGACAUUUUGUAAUAAAAACAAGAUGAAACACAAUGAACUGUUCAAAGAAUGACCACAUCUCCUACUGAACCUUUUCUUUUUUUUAAUUGGGACGGAGAAUGUUAAACAAAACCACAUUGUUCUGAAUGAAACAGUGUUGAAAUGAAGACAGCUGAUGAGGAAUAAAUGAGCCAAACACCUCUGAGAGACUGCGGUGAUGACUUACAUUUACUCUGAGGCGCUGGGAGGAGUGAGCAUGCACCUUACCUUAAUGUUUCAGUUAUGCAUUGCACAAUCACAAAAAUCAAACUGGCCGUGAGA